AUGUCCGGGCCACCAAGACACCCGAAUGCGGUCGUCAUCCAGCCGCCCACGACCACGAUCUCUCCUCUGAUCCGCUUCGGACGUUACACUGCUCUUGGACUUGGUAUCUUAUAUGGUCAGUUUAACUUUUUUUCAUGUUCUAAUAGUUUUUUUCCGAAAUAAUUGUUACAUUUUUUUGAAUUUUUCAAAACUAAAAUAAAAAAACUCUCAAUUUUUUUAAAUUUCGAAAAAGGAUAAGAAUUAAAAAUCAUGCACUGUAAAAUGUAUUUUUCUGCUCGAAAAAAUUUUAUAUUGUGCUCAAAGUGAUCUCGGCUGUUAAAAAUUGCGUUUUUCAUUUAAAAUGAUUUCGGAAAUAGGCGGAAUCGGAAUUCCGAGAGGGCGUGGAAAAAGAGUCCUACAAGGAGAUAAAUAUGGGUUUUAUCUGUAACCUUUACGCGCCAACUCAAAAUUUCAGAGUGAUUUGUCACGAAAAUUUCAAAAAAACUCGGGUCUAAAACUCACCUUAAAAAAAUUUAUAUAUUGCGAUGAAUCGUUUUAGGAUCCGUUUUUUUCUCUGAAGGCACCCGGAAUAUCGAUUUUUCUUAUUUCCCGAAAUUAUUUUAAACAAAUUAAGCGUCAAUUUCUAAAUCGAAAUCAGCCGAAAUCACUUUGAACACGACAGUCUUUUUUUAGUACAUAUAAAAAAAAUUUUUAAAAGAGAUUUUUUUAGGCCUUUCAGAUAAAUAAUCAAAAAUUGUAUUCAUUGCUGAAAAAAAUUUCAAAAAAAUUUGAAAAAAAGGCGCUGGGCUCUCUUGCAUGGCGCAAAAAUUAAACUUACUGCCGUUGCCAAAAUAAUUAUGUCGCUAAGCAUUAUGAAUCUCAGAAACGGAGCUCGGAAAAAAGUUUUGAUGAAGAUUUUUUUGAAGAGAACGUUUAAGGAGCGGUGCGCCUCCGUCAGAUCCGUGAGCACCACGCUGACAUCCGCGAGUGGGAGCACGAGAAGGCUGUCGCCAAGGCUGCCGAGGCCGCCCGACAGAAGAAAUGGCUCGCCAAGGAAGAAAUGCGGUACCUCAUGCAGGUUUGUGAACCCCUUUCACAAUCAAGUUUUUUAAGUUCUAAAUGACUUAAUUCAAUUAUUUCGCUUACAAUCAUAAAUAUUUGAGCUUGUUUGCUGCUAUUCUAUUUUUCAAGUUCCUAUUUCUAAAUAAAGGUGAAAGUUUGAAGGUGAAAGUAAUGAAAAGUAUCGCUUGACACUAAAUUGCGCCAUGUGGAAAUUCAAAAUAUAUUGACCGAUGAUUUUUUUCAAAGGUAGAGGCGUUUUUCGCAAUAAAUAUGAAAAAAAAUUUGCUUCACUUACCAAUUUUCUAUAAGUCUUUUUUUGUUUUAAAAAAAGUUUAGAAGUUGAGCAAGCAUGAAAAAAACAAUUUCGUUGAAAUUUUUUUAAUAAAUAACCGCUUAUUUCAUUUUAUUAUGUAAUAGCUCUAUCACAUACGAGAAAUAAGAGAAAUUAAACGGAUGAUUAUUUUUCAAUUUAACUUUUUUUGGGAAAUUUUUUUCUCAUUUAAAUACACGUACACAUAUCGAAAGGGAAUGUUAAAUUUUUGAAAUUUAUCAUAGAGCUAAUAUUGUAAUAAUGUAUUGUAUGGUUCUGUUUCCAGUUGAGUUCUCUUCAUAUUUCUUUUUAAAGUGAUGUGAGAAGAAGAAAAAAGAAAAUUGCAGGUGGUCAAUAUUCCUUUUGAAGAAGGUGUCGCCCAGUUCGGAGUCGAAGAUCUUUACCGCGAAGGAUAA